AUGCGUUAUGCGUGCUACAUACUGAUAGGCUGUACGGAUGUCAGCAGAAACUAUUGUUGACACUCAGGAAACGCUGGCCUCAACCUUAAGUCCCUUCUUCGCGGUCCCGACAUCCAACGCUGCUUCCAAUGUCUCGCGCUAGCGGUAAGCACACUAAUGCUCUAUGUCGGCGAACCUGCCGGACGGUGGACAAAGAACAAAGCGCCCUUUGUCACUGCCGUCCACGACCUUGUCUCACAUGCUUGAGACACAACCACGUCCGUUCCAUUGUCGCCAUUAUCCGAUGCUCUACUUAUAGCAAGUAGAAUGGGCACACUGUACAAGCUGUCAGUGAUAACAACAGCCAAAUUGCUUUCCAUCCAGUUCACCGAAGGUCUUCCAGUUUCAGCCGCUUCCUGCGUCUCCGGAGGAAGUGUAUUGUAGGUGCGAUGGGUUCGCAAACAGUCCCCAAUACGCCUUGGUGUCGAAUUCCGAGACCAAGACCUUCGCAUGGUAUUUCGGCAAAGGUUCAGUUUAUCGAGGAUAGGGCCCGUAUCCAGCAAUCAGUCCAGAGCAACUCAACCACUACGAGCCGCCUGAAUGUCAAAUCUGGGUCGCAAAUACCCGGUCCGAGCAACAGGUUGGGUCACUUGGCUGCGCGGGCGCACAAGUCACUGAGGCAUGGUCCGGACCUUGAGAGCAUAUCCCGUGGCUCCUCUGUUUCAUGCGAGCCCACUCGCAGAGCUAGCGACGCUGAUGCAUCGAACGACGGAACUCGCAGAAGUGUUUCUUCGACGCCGAGUAGUCUUAGUGCCGUACUCAGUACCUUUGAGGCUGGUUCGUAUCCAGCUAUGCACUCGCGCACAGCUCGAUCACCUCCAGGCAAUUCCUACUACAUCGGCCCACACGUGAGCGAACCAUGCACGCAAAAGGCGCUAACACAUCGUCUGGCGUGCAGUCACAAGAUCCUUACGAAAGAACCCGAGCUGUGCGCGCGGAAUUGUCACCAUCCGGAGGAAAAGCGCAAAGCGAAUCCCAGAGACAUCGACAGGCUGUUCAGUUGUCGCGAGUGCGAGAGCUUGCAGUGUUUACAAACGUUUGUCCGGAAGGACCUGGCAGCAGUAUAUGCGGAUUUACGGAAAGACAGUCGUACCAGUCCGUCGCCGCAAGCAGUGCCGGUUAGUAGAGUUGUAUAUCAGGGCAAGCGGAUUGCCUUUCGAGGCAGAACCAUGCCGCCUUUUCGGUUGUACGACGCCAUCCGUCAGCAUGGUCUAAGCCUUACGGCGGGCAGUUGAUGCGCUUGAGACCGAGACAGCUCCGACUUGUGAUAGUCAUUCGGUUGGGUUCUGCUAGCAGCCGCAUUCUGGAACUGCAUGCCGACGCCGCCCAUUGGGGCUGAGAAUGUGCGAUUGAUGAUGCGGAUUGAGCAUGAACUUGUA